AUGGAGCUGAACGAUAUGAUGCAGUUUGUUCACCUGGACGAGAAGUGGUUUUACCUUACCAAAACCACGCGAAAAUACUACCUGCCCUUUGUUGAGUCCAUCCAAGCCCAGCGAGACAGUGCCAAUCGUGCAGCAGGAACCUACGAAACCAAGUCAGUUGUCGUGACCAAUGACGUGUACCGCACAUUCCUCAUCGAUAAAGUCUUGCCGUCGAUUGUCGCCAAGUGGCCUUGUCCCGACCGGAACGUGAAGCUGCAGCACGACAACGCCCGGGCGCAUGUCACCCCAUUCGAUGCGACGGUUCUUGCCGCCUUCGCCAACUACAGCACUGCAG